AAAGAGCAUUGCCUCCUCACAAGAAAGAGGGAAUUAAAGAAGAUGGGAUGUUCCAUUCUCAUGAAUCUUUAGCCCCUUUUAUUCUCUCCUCCACCCCCUGCUGCUGACCUGUCAGAGAUUUUAAACAAUGCCCAGAGCUUUCAGCUGUCCCAUUUGGCUUAGUUCUCUCUUGUUCCUCCCUCUCUCAUUCUCAGUGAUGGAGUUUUCUUCAGAGGAAUGCAGCAGCAGUGAGUCAGGAUGGACCAUGUACCUAGCAUCCCCCAUGCAUGAUGACGACGACGACGACGACGACAACGACGACAACGGAGACGGUGAGGUUGAAGAUGGUGUGGGUGAAGAUGCCGCUAGAAAAAUCAGCAAUGACGAUGAUGAUGAGGAUGACGACUCCAUGGCUUCUGAUGCAUCGAGCGGACCAGCUUAUUGUAAUCACUCAUCGAACAAAGGCAAUGGACAGGGGAGUAAGAUUAAGGUGGAGACAAAGAAAGAGGAGAAGAAGGCAAAGGGUUCAAAGAAGGGGCAGGGAAGUUCCAAGGGAAGAAAAACAAAGACUGACAAAUGAUGGUAAUUUAUUUUUGUUAUAAACACUAGUAGUAUAAUAUUUUGGCUCGUUUGGUUGUAGAUGAGGAGGGUUCUCCUCUUGUUUUACUACUGUUCUAAUGAUAUAUAUAUAAUUAGUUGUUGUGAUGAAGUUUCUUACUGUGUUUGAUGGAGUACUUGUAAAUAGUUUUCUUUUUUUAAAGAUUUCGAUCCUUUUCGCUGUCAAAAUAUAGGGGAGAACCCACUUUUUAAUUUCAAUCGUCCUUUAAUACUUAGUCCUGAUUCAGUCCAAAUGUCACACUUACUAGUGUUUCCUCAUGAUUUUGAACUCAUUUUUCACAGCAACAGUUAAAUAGUAAACGGCUGUGUUUGAAAAAAGUGGACUCUCUACUGUAUUUCUGAUGGCAAAGAGGAGCCAAACAACUUGUUUAAUUAUUCAAAAUUGAUGCUAUGAAUCUGUAAAAUAUAACUCUUAUAGUACUGCCCAAGCUAUAAAAUUCCAUUCUCUUUUUUAUUAAUGGCUUAAUGUGUGGUUCUUUUAAUUAAUCAUAGGCAGGUGUUGCGGAAAAAUAUUCAGUAAUCAGGAGUGACCGGUGAUUUAUUCAUGAAAUGAUUACAGAAAAAAUGUUCAGCAAAUGAAUAAAAUAUCUUUUCAUGAAGCUAUUGAAUAGA